UCCUCCUCCUCCAGCAGCAUCAUCAUCAUCCGUGGCUCCCCGCAGAGGACAGCGGGUGUUUGUAGGACACAGGGCCCGCGGAGGGAGGGGUCCUGGCCUGGGCACGGAUCCCGAAGAGGCCCCGGGGCCGCCGCUGGAUGGAGUCGGGCUGCAUUCAGACAGCAAUGGCUAUGGGUCUGACAUCGAAAAAGGCGUCUGCUCGGAGCGUCGGUGUGGAGCGGAAAAACCUCAUCACGGUUUGCAGAUUCUCUGUGAAGACUCUCCUAGAAAAGUACACAGCAGAGCCCAUAGAUGACUCAUCCGAGGAGUUUAUUAACUUUGCCGCCAUUUUAGAGCACAUCCUCAGCCACCGCUUCAAAGGUAACACUGCAGGUUCAGGAAGCUGGUUCAGCUCAGAUGGACAGCGCAGUUUCUGGGAAUAUAUCCGGCUGGCGUGCAGCAAGGUGCAGAACAACUGCAUCGCCAGCAUCGAAAACAUAGAGAAUAUCAGCACAUCACGAGCCAAGGGGCGCGCAUGGAUUCGGGUGGCGCUGAUGGAGAAACGUCUGUCUGAAUAUGUGUCCACUGCACUGAGGGACACAAGAACAACCAGGAGGUUCUAUGAUGAUGGAGCCAUUAUGCUGAGAGAGGAGGCCCAAGUCCUAACCGGCAUGCUGAUCGGACUGAGUGCCAUUGACUUCAGUUUUUGCCUGAAGGGGGAGACUCUGGAUGGAAAAUCCCCAGCUGUGAUCGACUACACACCUUACCUAAAGUUCACGCAGAGCUAUGACUACCUGAGUGACGAAGAGGACCGUCGCAGUGUGGACAGCAGCAACAGCGAAGAGAGUGUCCCCGAGCAUCCCUACAUCCCUCUGGUGACCGAUGAGGAGAGCUGGAGCAACAAGUGUCGCAAGAUGGAGCAGAGGUUUAAGAUUGUCUAUGCCCAGAAGGGUUACCUGGAGGAGCUGGUGCGCCUGCGGGAGUCACAGCUGAAGAACGUGGAAACAGAGAACAAGCGCCUGAGAGGCAAGGUGGAGGAGCUGACGGUCCAGAGUCAGCAGGAGAAGAAGGAACUGGAGGCCGUCGUGCUGGAGCUGCAGGCACAACUCUCUGCCCUCAUGCCCUGUGAUUCCUCCCACCUGACUAAAGAUCUUUCCAUCCCGCUGGUCAACCAGUGGUCCACCAUCACAAACAACCAGGGUGAUGUCAAGCUUUUCCGCAGGAGGAGUUUCCACAGUUUGGAGCAACUUUCUGCCGAGGUCAGUCUGAACUCUGACUCCCAAAGGGCUGAUGGGAGACAGAACGGAGAUGCUGCCUGGACUACAGCAGUAGGAAAAGACAACACUCCCUCCAUGCUGGGUCUGUGCGGCUCUCUGGCCUCUUUACCAAGCUCCAAGUCCCUGGCCAGCCUCAAGUCCAGCGAGUGUUUGGUCAACAUCAGCACUGAACCAAGCCCUGCGCUCACUCCCAGCUAGGAGCUCCAGACCAACAACUACAGAGAUUAAACCCCCAGCCUGUCUGCCUGGUGAUGCUGCGUUGACCAUAACCCCCCGACCAAAACCCUGCUGCCACAAUCCACCGAGACCAUCGACAGCUUCGUGAGAACAGGAAAAUCAUCAUACCAUCUCUGGAUUUUUGUACACAUGAGAAUGAAGUCAUCAUGAAGCUACAAGGAUCCAUCUCUUUUGGUUCUUUCCCUUCACCUCGCCUUAUCUGCUCGACUCUUCUCUCGCACUCUCCCACAACCACUUUCUAUCUGUGAAUCCUGUUAUCCAGCAUUGUGCAAUUCCUCUGCAAACUCCUGUCAAACCUUUUUUUUCCAAAGCAUCCAUUUAUUUCCUUAAUUUGUUUAUCCACGUCUUGCUCCUUAUUUGAAUAUCAGUAAUCUUCCCCAUGGCAUCAUCUGUGUGUUUGUGUGCCUGUUUUAUUCAAUUUUCUUGUCAAAAUGUAACCAAAACAGCACUUGCAGCUCUUUGGAUGCAGCCACUUGCAAAGAGAGAGAUGUGAUGAUCAUUUUAAGAGAUACAGGUUAUACAUACAAAGUAGAGGAUGGGUUUUUACAGACUGUCCUGAGGUAUGUUUUAUGGGUGUGACUGGAUUGUAUCUGGGGUCUGCCACACCUGAACGUGCAUAUCAUUCCUGCUUGAGUAAUCAAACACUGUUUAAAUCUGUGCAGCUAUUUAUUGAAUCUAUCAGAUCUUAAGCUACCACAUGUUCAUUUAUUUGAUUUUAUUCAGUACAGCAGUAUGUUCUUUUUACACGCAUACAUUAGAUUAUUUUUUGGUUUUGUGUUGCAAUAAACUGCCUUUUUCCA